GUAGCACUGAAAGGGUUAAAAAAGGCAAGUACAGAAAGAGAGGUAGAUAAAUAAAAUGGAAUAGUUGUGGAAAGCAGAAGAGAAAAAGUGUACAGAAGGGGGACAGAGAAGAUGGGAACAAGGACAAACUAUGAAGAAAAAAUGUUAAAUUAUUAAAGGUGGCUAAGUGGAAAACUGGCAGAAAAGGAGAGUCAUUUAAAUGAAGUGAACAAGUAAAGAGGAAAAGUGGAAGAUGGAGCAAGGACAGAAUAGAAUGGAGAAGAGGCCAUUGGAUAACAAGCAGUGACGGUUGAGAAUUUCACCUUAUUUAAAGAGAAGCUGACGCUGAAGGCACAUACAAUCAAUGUGAUUCCAUGUAUGUUUCAAACACUGAAACCACUCAACCCACUCAGAUUCCAACUGGAAUGGGGGAAAAUGGAUACGAAAGGUUACACGCGUCUAAUCCACCUGCACGGAGACCGCGUGACAGUGGCAUCCCCCGAUUUGAAGGACAAAUACCACAUUUUUGAAAGCCAGGUGGCAAACGGGAUCUGCUCUCUGGUGAUUAAUCCCACAGAGAUGACAGACAGCGGCACUUAUCAGGUCCGGCUGAAAAUUGUAGGAAAGCUGUACGAGCCGGUUCCAUCUAUAGACAUUCAAGUUAAGAAUCAAGACACAGAUUCACGGGGAUUGUCCGAUAAAAAGUCUGAAACAACGACUAUUGCAUCAACAGCCGCAGCCACUGUCUCUUUUGAAGACGAGAUCCUCCAAUAUAUUAACUCAAGUGCUAAAAGGGAGACUACGACUAGUAUAGUCCUUGGAAUGCUCCUUGUUGUAGGCGUAAUAGGCUUACUAAUAGCAGUCCAACAAUGUAUGAACAGAAGGCCAAAAAACCCGGCUGGUGACGAAGAAAACCCAUCUAGUGAUGAAGAAAACUCAUCUAGUGAUGAAGAAACCCUAUCUAGUGAUGAAAAAAAGCCACCAGUUAAGACUUCAAAGAAAGGGUAAGUAAACAUUUAUAAUGUUUUUUUAUGUCCACUAAAUAUUCUGAACUCAGGGCCUUGCAUACAUUUCCAUCUAACAUACCAGAUACAUAUCAGUAAGUAGUUGCAUUUUUAAGAAUCUCUUGAAUGAUUUUGUAUGUGCAGGAAAGAUAAAAAGAAGAAGAAGAAGAAGAAGAAGAAGAAGAAGAAGAAGAAAAGAGAAAAAAGCGAGUCAGAAAAGUCUUCUGAUGAGAGUGAGGAAAGCGCGUCUAGUAAAUCAGAAGAGAGUGAAAGUAACUAGAACAGGAGUGACUGGACAUCAUUACAAGUAUAUCAUGAGAACAAAGAGAAUUUAGAAGCUUUCUUGGAUAAGAAUGACUUCUUGAUAGAAGAAUAAAUCCUAAAAUUGAAAGACGCUGCUUUAAUUGGAGGAAGGACUUUUGUCUCUUUUCAGCCUCAUCUCCGAUGUCACUAUGGAAUGAAAAACUGAAAGAUUUUCCAUUUUUUAUUCUAAUCCGCAAAUUCUGUCAUUUUAUAAAAAUAUUUUCAAUAAAACCUAAAUAAUUUUAUAAUUUCUUCUUUGUAUUCAUCUCUUUGAUAUACUAUGUGUAGUUGUGUGUUUUUUACAUUUCUUUAAAUGUCAUUAACAUGACUUUGUAAGUAGCAGAAUUAUGAAAUCUAUCCUUACAGAGUCCACUUAUUGGAGCAAACUUGUACAGG